AUGGACUCGCCCGUCCUCAACCAGCUGUUCCGGCAGCUUUUCCGGCAUCCGGCAUGCCAAUCACUACGCCGCCCACCAUCUUCACUGUCUCGACAGACCCGCACGUUCCUCACCCGGCGAACGCCCGCCAAGCGCAAAUCACAAGAUGAUGCGAUGCUCUGGGCGAAACGGGGCGAUUACCCCAAGAACAUCGAGGAGGAGUACAAACUAUACCCAACGGUGACAGCAAAGGAGCUGCGGAACCGGCGUGAGCGACCGCGGCAGGUGAAAAUGUUGACACGCGAGUUCGUCGACGACAGUCUCUACAACCCACAUUACGGCUAUUUCUCCAAGCACGCAACCAUUUUCAGCCCUGGCGAGCCAUUCGACUUCAACAACAUCGAAGACGGCCCCGCGUUCCACCGACUCCUGGGCCAGCGCUACACCGAGUUCGAAGACCUGCUGGAUGAGGUGAAGCCUGAUAUCGCGCGGCAGCUGUGGCAUACGCCGACGGAACUCUUCCGGCCGUAUUACGGCGAGACUAUUGCGCGGUACCUGGUGUCCAAUUACAAGCUCACGCUGUACCCCUACCACGACCUAAUUAUCUACGAGAUGGGCGCUGGUAACGGUACGAUGAUGUUGAAUAUUUUGGACUUUAUCCGUGAUACGGAUUAUGAGGUAUACCAACGAACCAAGUUCAAGAUCAUUGAGAUUUCACCAGCUCUGGCAGAUGUGCAGAUGAAGAACUUGACGGAUACGCUCAAUUCCAAGGGCCAUCGGGAUCGCGUUGAGAUUGUUAACCGAUCUAUCUUUGACUGGGACACUUAUGUGCACUCGCCUUGUUUCUUCUUGGCGUUGGAGGUGUUUGAUAACUUCGGACACGAUACUAUCCGGUAUGAUUCCAAAACCGAGCUUCCUCAGCAAGGUGGCGUCCUGGUUGAUGCGGACGGCGAGUUCCAUGAGUUCUACAACACUCAACUUGAUCCUGUUGCGGCACGCUUCUUGCGCGUGCGUCAGGCUGCCGCGCGCCGUCCUUACCCAAGUCCUCUUGGGCCGCGUCUUCUCCGUGGCUUGCGCUCUGCACCGCCAUUCGGCAAGGAUUACUCUCUGCCGGAGUACAUUCCUACUCGUCUGAUGCAGUUCUUUGACGUAUUGAACCAAUAUUUCCCAGCUCACCGGCUUGUAGCCAGUGACUUCAGCUCCUUGCCAGAUGCGGUGCCUGGGUUGAACGCGCCGGUCGUGCAGACUCGGUACCAAAGGCAGACGGUGCCGGUAUCCACUCCAUUUGUCCACCAAGGAUACUUUGAUAUCUUCUUCCCCACAGACUUUAAUGUCAUUGAAGAUGUCUACCGCGCGGUGACUGGAAAACUGACCCAGAUCACGAGCCAUGAGGACUUUGUGAACCGCUGGGCGUACAUUGAAGAUACUGAGACGCGGAAUGGGGAAAACCCGUUGUUGAGCUGGUAUAAGAAUGCCAGCAUGUUGAUGACGGUGUAG